AUGCUGGUGGUAGUGGACAGCGCGAGCGGGCUCCUGCACGCGUGCCACACGGUCAUUCAGGGGUCGGCCUUCGAAGAGGCGCUUCACAGCGUGCCCGCGGUGCUGCAGGCGCUCCCCGACGACAGCAAGCGCAGCGCGGCGGCGACGUCGUGGAGCGCGCUGUUGGCGGUGCUGCAGGGGACCCGCGCGACGCUCCGGCUGUCCGCGGGCGGCGCCCUGCUGCAGUCGCUUGCCGAGCACGUGACGCCCACGCCCGGUGCGAGGCCCGCGCUGGGGAGCGUGUGCGUGAGGGAGCUGGCCGAGGCGACGAUCGCUGCCGACGACGUGGGCACGUUCUGGGCAGGUCUGCGCGCGUCCGGGUACUGGUACUGGUACUCGCCGAUGGACAAAGAGGAGUCUUCGCGGGACCCUGAUGCGAUCGUGGAGCUGCUGCACGUCGCGCGGCGGUGCGAGGAGCGCGGCACCCCUCUGAAGCUCCGUGACACACUUCUGAAGCUGUUGCGUAUGCCGUCCGUGGCGAGCAACCUGCGUGUGCUCGCGCUGCAUCACUGCUCUCUACACAAUCACUUUACCGAGUUGAUGAAGGCCCUGCGCACCACGAAGCUGGAGCAGCUGCACUUGCAAGACUCCGACUAUGAAACCUUCGAGAUGAAAAUGUCUACCGAGGACGUGCUGGAAAUGGCCGAAACGGUAUCAAAACUGGAGAUGCUACGCAAGAUGACAACUCCAUCCACGGACUUUACGGGCCAACUCUUUCCAAACGAGUUUACCAAGGAACAGGAUGCAAUUUCGGCGCUUCUCCGGGCGAUCGGGGCGCACAAGUCGCUGGAGGAGCUGCACCUGGGGCUCGACCCGGCAGUGCUCGACGCGGCGGCUCUUUCUGUCGAGUCGAUGCUGAAAACAAGCACGACGCUGACAACGCUCAUCAUCGACCAAUUUUCCCGUUAUGACCGCGAUGAGGACGGGUACUGCGACGACGCCAUGUACGAGGCCGCUCAAUUGUUCGGAUGGCAUCUCGAAGGCUUGUCGAGUCUGCCGAAGGCUCUGAGCGCUGGUCUGACCCAGAACAACACGCUGCAGAGACUCCACGUCAAGAGCGGCGCUUUCGACUGGUCCGACGAUGACAUCGCCGGCCUGCUUCAGAACACGACCCUGCAGCACCUUAAUCUGGGGCCGCGGCCUGCCAGCCGCACCUUGCCUCUGCAACUUGCGGCGGCAGUGAGGCGGGGGAGCACCCUGCGGGUGAUGCGCGUGACUGGCGAUCCGACCGGCACAGUGGAGCUAGCCCGAGCGCUGUCGUCCAGGUCGUGCGUGGUCGAGCUCCGCAUCACCCUUGAACGGGAAUCGGGCGAUUCUGUCGAUCUCGUGCUCGAGCUGGCGAAGGCCUUGGCGGACGGAGCACUGGGACACACGCUGGAGACACUCCGGAUUUCUGAUACGCCAGACCACAGCGGCACGCAGGACUUCGUGGCCCUUGCAAGGGCGCUGGAACACAACUGCGUCCUGCGCACCCUGUUCGCCGCCAACAGCUUGAUCUCCCCUGAAGGCGCCGCCGCGCUCGGUGCUGCGCUGCGGACGAACCGCACGAUCAAGACGCUCGAGCUGCGCAACUGCGGCAUCUGCGACGAGGGGGCGGCCGGGCUUGCGUCAGGCCUGCAGCACAACACCACCCUCCAAGAAUUGGAUUUGAGCAACAACGAGAUGGGCAGGGCGGGAGCCAUCGCCCUCGCGGACUCGCUUGGAGCCGGGUCCGCACUCGAACGCCUGCGGCUCCACGGAUGCGUCGUCGCGCAAGUGCCUGGCAGAUUGUGCAUCAACGUCGACGAUUCCGUGGCGGCUUCGUUCGCCGGCGCACUGCGGCGGGGCUGUGCCCUCAGAGACCUCGACAUGGGGUUCUGCACGGUCUCGAGUCCUCCUUUGAGUGGGAUGCGGGAGCUGGUCGAUGCGAUGGUCGAUCGCAGGCAGCUUGGGAAACAUCACGAGAUCGAAGCGUGGCUCUCGUGGGAUGCGAACGUGGUAUCGUGGACGGAAAAGUGGAAUGAGAUCCGUCUGCUGAGAGGCAAGCUGUGUCGUGUGGAGCAGGAGGGAUGGGGACGCGUGGUCGUGCUCCCUCGCUACCUCUAUUGA